CCAUUUCGGUCUUCGGAAAUUGGAAAUGCGGGAAGAAAAACUUCCAACAGAUAUUUCUUUCUUCACUACUUGAUAUAUGAUUUUACAUUAUCCUGUUCCCAUUUCUUCACUAACACUUCGAAUUCAAACAUGGUUUCAUCUCUAUCAAUUGCCCCUCCAAUAUCUUUCAGGAACCCCAACACCACUAGAAAAUCAGUUACAGCCAUGGCUAAAGAAAUUCACUUCAAUCAUGAUGGUUCAACCACAACCAAGCUCCUGGCAGGGGUGAGCAAAGUGGCAGAGCUUAUUGGAGUAACUUUAGGUCCCAAGGGUAGAAAUGUGGUGCUGCAGAACAAGUAUGGUCCUCCCAAGAUUGUUAAUGAUGGUGAAACUGUUCUUAAAGAGAUUCAACUAGAGGACCCUCUCGAGAACGUCGGUGUGAAACUAGUGAGGCAAGCUGGCGCCAAAACAAACGAUCUAGCGGGUGAUGGUUCCUCCACAUCCAUCAUGCUCGCACAUGGCCUCAUUGCAGAAGGUGUAAAGGUUAUUGCCGCAGGCAUGAAUCCUAUACAAGUAUCACGAGGAAUUCAGAAAACCGCAGACGCUCUAGUUUUAGAACUCAAGUUGAUGUCUAGAGAGGUUGAAGAUCAUGAGCUUUCAGAUGUUGCGGCCAUCAGUGCAGGUAACGAUUCUGAAGUCGGGAACAUGAUUUCUGAAGCCGUCCAAAGAGUAGGAAGGCACGGCGUUAUCACUAUUGAGAAAGGAAAUUCGACGGAGAGUAGUUUACAGAUUGUAGAGGGGAUGCAAUUUGAUCGCGGUUAUCUAUCUAAAUAUUUUACUGAUCGAAGAACCAUGAAAGCAGAAUUUCAAGAUUGCAAGGUGCUUUUGGUUGACAAAAUAAUUAAAAACCCGAAGGAGGUGUAUAAAAUAUUGGACAUUGCGGUUAAAGGGCAGCAUCCGAUCGUGAUAAUUGCAGAGAAUAUCGAAAAGGAAGCUCUUGCUCCGAUAAUCAGAAAUAAACUCAAGGGGAUACUGAAAGCAGCAGCUGUUAAAGCUCCAGCCUUCGGUGAACGCAAGAGCCACUACUUAGAUGACAUCGCUAUUUUGACCGGAGGGACGGUGAUCAGGGAUGAUGCGGGUUUGACCCUUGAUCGGGUCAAAGAGGAUAUGCUUGGAACUGCAACUAAGGUAGUAAUUACCAAAGACUCGACGUUAAUAGUUACUGAUGGGAGCACUCAAGCGGCUGUCAAGAAAAGGGCGACUCAAAUCCAAAGGCUCAUUGAGAAUACCGAAGAAAGUUUUCAAAAGAAGAUUCUUAAUGAACGUAUAGCACGAUUAUCAGGAGGAAUUGCUAUUAUUAAAGUUGGAGCGCAAACACAAGUUGAAUUGAAGGAUAAACAAUUAAGGAUGGAAGAUGCGGUGAAUGCAACCAAGGCUGCUAUCGAGGAAGGCGUUGUCGUUGGUGGCGGAUGUUGUCUUUUGAGACUAUCGUUGAAGAUAAAUGAAAUCAAAAAACUUAUGGAUGAUGAGGAACAGAAGAUAGGAGCCGACAUAUUCAAAAGAGCAUUGGAAUAUCCAGCAAGGCAGAUAGCCAAAAACGCUGGUGUCAACGGUAGUGUUGUUAUAGAGAAGGUUUUAUCGAAUGAUGAUGCUAGAUACGGGUACAAUGCUGCAAGAAACAAGUAUGAAGAUCUGAUGGAUGUUGGUAUUAUAGACCCGACAAAGGUGGUACGAUGUUGUAUAGAGCAUGCAGCAUCGGUUGCAAAGACGUUUUUGACCUCUGAUGCUGUUGUGAUCGAUAUCGAUGGACCAGUGGUUGAAGGAAUGAGAUUGCCGAAGCAAACACCAAAACCAGCGCCAACGCCAAUGCAAACGCCAAUUCCAAUGCCAAUGCCAACCUCCGGAUCGGGUCUGAUGGGUUUUUGAGAUUUUGUUAGAUUUAUUCAACCAUUUUAUGAAAUCGUUUCCAACUGCAAACAAUGAAUCAAGAACCAAUCAAGUGAUCAUAGACUCGCAAUGGGGCUCACACAUGAAGAUUACAGGGUAUGUUGUGGUUCACUAAAGAAAACGAACCUGAAAAGAGGAUGUAGCAAAUGCACUAAGGAAGCGUUUUUUAUCGAUCCAAGCAUUCGAUGUGAGCGGGUUUCGUUGAGAAUCUAAGUAGGGAAAGUUUCCAAGAAAGUGUAUGAUUUUUUUUCUGUUGUGUUAAGAUUUGGUAUAUAGUAACAUGACAUGAUGAAUUUACAGACAAACUUGCAUAUAAACUAUAACAAGGUGGAUUACUAAACA